AUCGAGCCGCACGUGGUUUGCUCUGUGUCCUGCAGCAGUCGGAACCCGAGUUGGGCAGCGACUGCUGUUAUCUGUCUUCACUGCGAAACCUCUGUAGCUGUUUCUCGUACUUCUGGCGAAGUUCUUUUCUUAUUGUUUUUCUUGCGUUAUCUAGAGGGAACGGCGGGAAAAAAACAAAAUAUUGCAAUGUCGACAAACUGCCAUCAAAACAAAAGCUGCCCGAUUCCAACCAAAGUCCUGCUGAAGGAUUUGUCCCAGCUGCCUGACUUGUACAGCAGUACGCCAGGCGGCACCUUGUUCUCCACUACCCCUGGAGGAACACGAAUUGUCUAUGGCCGCAAAUUCCUGCUGGAAUGCAGAAAUUCUCCACUUGCUCGGACACCUCCGUCCUAUCUUCCUCAGAUCCCAGGUGUAACAAUGCCUCAACACUCAACCCUAGCUAAAGUUGAAGAACUGAAAGAACUUGAGACAGAGAAAGAAACUCCAGAGAAACAAGAAGAUGACAGAAGAUACAAAACAACAGAAGACCAGAGAAAAUUUAACAUCAACCAUACAUCCAGGCAAAUCAAACAGCAUUUUCCAGACUCUGUUCACAAGAUAAAUUCAGCUGAUGAUGCUCAGUUUGAAAUGGAUAUUUAAACUCCCACCUGGAAGAAGAGGAUUAUUCUGUUGACAGAAGCACUUGUGUUUAUCGAAGAGCAAUACAUUAUCCUGAAAAGUUGUGAAGCUGAUGCCCUCAGCGGUGCGAGUGUAACCCAUUGUACAUUCAAUGAUUUUACAGGUUGGGGAAGGGAUGACUAAAUUGGUGCUUGUUUUUUUUUCAUGCUGGUUUUCUGCAGGAAGUUUUGUAAAUUUGUCUUUUGUUAAAAUUUUAAUGGUUUACUACUUUAAUCCAGAUACAGUGGCUAUCUUGGUCUUUAAUUACAACUUACUGGCUUUAUAAGUUAUUAACUGACUGUAAAGGAGCCAGUGGCCCAGAUCUUCUUGCAGCAAUGAGUUUGGUGACAUGCACGGUCUAGUGUGCCAGUCUCAUCCAUGCUUUUGUGCAGUUCUAAUUAAUAUGCUGCAGUGGGCAUAGCAGCGAAUCAGAAGCUGCCCAGCGAGUGGGCAAUGUACUGAUCCUGCUGUUAAUGGUGCAAUUUCUUUGUUAUGGUGGUAAUUGAACUGCUGAACUCAAUAGGGGUGCUACAUUAUACCUCCUCGUUGUAACCUAAAUUCUGAUGUAAACUAUGUUUAUGCAUGUAAAACUGUAAAUAAAUAAAGAACAAACUAGUAUAGCUAGCACCUUUCACAA